AUGCAAAUACUAGUGACACUAUGGUGUCUAAUAUGUACUUACUUGGCAGUACCAGUAGCUGCCAAGAAAAGGACUUUGACAGCGACCUCUUUAGUCACGUGCAUGGAGAACUCACAGCUUUCAGCCAACAGCUUCGAUGUGUCAUUUUCUCCAGAUGACAAAUCGUUGCAUUACGACCUGGACAUGACUACACAGAUCGACUCGUUAAUAUAUGCUUACGUGGACGUAUAUGCUUACGGGUUCAAGAUUAUUUCUGACAACUUCGAUGUGUGCAGCAUGGGUUGGAAGCAAUUUUGCCCUGUGCACCCAGGUAACAUACAGAUUGACUCUAUUGAAUACGUCAGCGAGAAAUACGUUAAGAUGAUUCCAGGAAUCGCGUAUCAAGUGCCGGAUAUUGAUGCUUACGUAAGAGUGAAUAUUUAUAACAACGUCAGUGAAAAUUUGGCGUGUAUCCAGGUUUUCUUUUCGAACGGGAAAACCGUUUCACAGAUAGGUGUUAAAUGGGCGACAGCUGUUAUUGCUGGUAUUGGUCUUCUAACUUCUGCCAUCCUGUCCACUUUCGGUAAUUCUACAGCGGCAUCUCAUAUUUCAGCAAACACCAUGUCACUGUUCUUGUACUUCCAGUCUGUUGCCGUGGUUGCUAUGCAACACGUUGAUAGUGUUCCACCGAUUGCUGCUGCCUGGUCCGAGAACCUUGCUUGGUCGAUGGGGUUGAUCCGUAUCACGUUUAUGCAGAAAAUUUUCCGUUGGUAUGUAGAUGCAACCGGAGGCUCUGCAUCGUUGUAUUUGACUGCGACAACAAUGUCAGUUCUUACGCAAAGAGGACUGGAUUACUUAAGAUCAACUUCGAUUUACAAGAGAGCGGAGAAUGUCUUGUAUGGUAAUGCAAACACUUUAAUCUUCAGAGGUAUCAAAAGAAUGGGAUACCGUAUGAAAAUCGAAAAUACGGCCAUUGUUUGUACUGGAUUUACAUUCUUUGUGCUGUGUGGAUAUGUCUUGGCUGGAUUCAUUAUGGCCUGCAAAUAUGGUAUUGAGUUGAAUAUAAGAUGUGGUUGGAUACGAAGUGAUCGGUUUUACCAAUUUAGAAAGAACUGGAAGUCCGUUCUAAAGGGAUCGUUGUUAAGAUAUAUCUAUAUCGGGUUCACACAACUAACAAUUUUAAGUUUUUGGGAAUUUACUGAAAGAGACUCUGCUGGGGUUAUUGUUAUUGCAUGUCUAUUCAUUGUUUUGUCAUGUGGGCUGAUGGCUUGGGCCGCAUACAGAACGAUUUUUUUUGCAAGUAAAUCAGUGGAAAUGUAUAAUAACCCAGCAGCUUUAUUAUACGGGGACGAAUAUGUCCUAAACAAGUACGGAUUUUUCUACACCAUGUUCAACGCAAACCAUUAUUGGUGGAACGCCCUCUUAAUGACGUAUGUUUUUGUCAAAGCUUUAUUCAUCGGAUUCGCACAGGCGUCCGGUAAAACGCAGGCAUUGGCUAUUUUCAUCAUCGACUUAGCAUACUUCAUUGCCAUUAUCCGUUAUAAACCGUAUUUGGACCGUCCAACGAAUAUUGUCAAUAUUCUUAUUUGCACUGUAACUUUGGUCAACUCUUUUCUUUUCAUGUUUUUCUCAAACUUAUUUAAUCAAAAGUACGCUGUCUCUGCUAUCAUGGGUUGGAUAUUUUUUAUUAUGAACGCAGCAUUUUCUUUGAUCUUACUGUUGAUGAUUCUGGCCUUUACCACAAUCAUUUUGUUUUCUAAGAAUCCUGAUUCUAGGUUCAGACCAGCCAAGGAUGAUAGAGCAUCUUUCCAAAAGCAUGCUAUUCCUCAUGAAGGUUCGUUGAAUAAAUCCGUGGCUAACGAAUUGAUGGCUCUAGGAAAUGUGGCAAAAGAUCAUACAGAAAAUUGGGAAAACGAACUGAAGAGUCAAGAGGGCCAGAGUGAAGAUAACCUCUUCGGCAUUGAAUACGAUGAUGAAAAUACCAAUACUAAUUCGGAUAAUGCGGAAAGUAGUAGCAGAGAAACCAGUCGUCCAACAUUUUCCGAAAAAAUUCUACGUUCUUUAUCAAUUAAAAGGAAUAAGAGUAAAUUAGGUAGUUUCAAAAAGAAUAUUCCACAUAAAGCAGCACAACAAGAGGUCUCGCCCGAUCGGGCUAGUCCUUCACCUAACAGCAAGUCAUAUCCAGGUGUUUCGCACAUGAGGCAAGAAUCUGAGGCUAAUAAUGGACUAAUCAACGCAUAUGAAGAUGAACAAUUUAGCCUAACGGAACCAAGCAUACUGGAAGAUUCUUCCAGUUCAAUUCAAAUGCACACUAUGCCAGUACGAGAUUUAAGCUUGAACAGUGUUCCAAACUCUCAAGAUGUCACUAAAAAAGCAAAUAUCUUGGAUUCUAAUUAUUCAUAA